AUGCAGCUAGUGUUGCUCGGUACGGAACUAUCCUUGAAGCGGAUGAUAGUGGCUGCUCUAUUUGACCGCUCUCCUUGGGCUGUUUGGCAGAACCUUACCCAGAAUAAGGGCAGCCGGAAAAGUCGAAACGCGCUACGGGAAAAACUUAUACCGGCAAUGAAAAGACCUUACGCUUUCUCAGAAGAAGAAACCAGAUCACUGUCCAACUUUAUCGCCUCCAUCAGUGGAAAACUUCGUGCCUACAUUGCGUUCCAUUCGUACUCGCAAAUCCUCCUUUUCCCGUACGGACACACCUCCGAGCACACUCCCAAUCAUGACGACCUCAACGACAUCGCCAAAGCAACGGUUCAAUCCCUGGCCAAACGGUACGGAACCAAAUACACCUACGGCAACAUCUACGACGCCAUCUAUCCGGCCAGUGGUGCCAGCUGUGAUUGGGCGUACGGAACGUUGGACAUCAAAAUCGCCUACACCUACGAGCUGCGACCGAAUAAAAAUUCCUGGAACGGAUUUGUCCUAGCUCCCCGUUACAUCAUACCUACAGGAGAAGAAACACUCGAUUCACUAGUGACGAUGAUUGAGGAAUCGGAACGGCGCGGUUACUAUCAGAACUUGCGGACGCAGGUAGAUAGCAUUUCCCAUUAAUAUAAUUGCAACGAAAACAAAUAAACAGGCAGCUCUUGAAACUCAA